CUCAAUUAUUAUUUAUCAGGAGCAUAAGAAACGCAACGGCGGAAGCGAUGACGGAUUCAGGAUUCCGGUCGUGCAAAACGGGCAACCCAAUCGACGACUGCUGGAAAUGCGACCCGCUGUGGUACAAGAAUCGCAAACACCUGGCCGACUGCGCGAUCGGGUUCGGGAAGCAGGCGACGGGGGGCAAAUACGGCAGGUUCUACGUCGUGACCGACCCGAGCGACGACCCGUUCCACCCGAGACCGGGAACCUUGCGCUACGCCGCGAUCCAGAAGAGGCCGCUCUGGAUCGCGUUCGCGCGCGACAUGGUGAUCACGCUCAAGCGGGAGCUGCUGGUGAGCUCCUACAAGACGAUCGACGGCAGGGGCAGCAACGUGCACAUAGCGGGCGGCCCCUGCAUCACGAUUCGCUACGUCACCAAUGUCAUCAUCCACGGCCUCCACAUCCAUCACUGCAAGAGCGCGAGGAGCCUGUACUCGUCGUCGUCGGGUGACGAUGAUCCUUCCAAUCUUCUUGAUGAUGCGUUGGUGGGGGAGGUGUCGGAUGGGGAUGGAAUCUCCAUCUUCGGCUCUAGGCUCGUCUGGGUCGACCACUGCUCGCUGUCCAGCUGCUUCGACGGGUUGAUCGACGUGACCUACGGUUCGACCGCGGUCACGCUCUCCAACAACUACAUGACGCACCAUAACGAGGUGAUGUUGUUGGGGCAUAACGACGGGUUCACUCGGGAUAGAGCCAUGCAGGUCACCGUUGCGUUUAAUCAUUUCGGUGAAGGACUCAUCCAAAGGAUGCCAAGGUGUAGGCAUGGGUACUUUCAUGUGGUGAACAAUGACUACACGCAUUGGCUUAAGUAUGCAAUUGGAGGGAGCGCUGCUCCAACGAUCAAUAGUCAAGGGAACCGGUUUUUGGCCUCGAACAAUAGGUUCACUAAAGAGGUGACGAGGCGUGCCAAUGCGCCGGAGAGUGAAUGGAGGAAAUGGAACUGGAGAUCGGAAGGAGAUAUGUUUCUAAACGGCGCCUUCUUCAGAAGUUCAGGCAGCGGAGCGACUUCGAGCUAUGCCAAGGCGACGAGCUUGGCAGCGAAGCCCUCUAAUAUGGUCGCCUCCAUGACCGCCAGUGCCGGCGCCCUGCUCUGCAGGAGAGGUUUAGCAUGCUGAUUAAUUAAUGGGAAACAACAGGCAUGAUGGUCGUUUUGGUAGAAUUAAUGUCCCAGUAAAGAGAAGAUGUUGGGUUCACCUGUUAGUGAUUAAUUAGAACUACUAACUCGAUUGGAUUUGGUGACGAUGAGUUUGCGAUGGAAAUACACCGGGGGGAGAAAUGAAAAUAGGAAAAUAAGUAGCCUGUCCUUUCUCCACUGAUAUUUCUCGAGACGAGGGGCAUGCAUGAGCUUCUUUUUUAGGGUACCUAGCUAGAAGAGCUUUAUUUUUGCGGGUUGUUUGUGCACCGGAACAAAUCAUGCAUGAAUAAGAUUUUGUACAUCCUUUAAGUAAUAUCAAUGCCAAGCUAAGCAAUCAGAACUUUUUAUGACCGACUGGAAGAUUAUUCAUAGCUCGUGUUUUGGUGGUGGUAGUAAAUUUAUUAUUUCUCUUUUGACAAAGAUUCAUCUCCAGUGUCAAUCUUAUUUAGUUUAGGUUUUUUUUUUUUUACAAUAUAGAUGCGUGUAUAUAUAUAUAAUAUUAGUUGGGCUACACACUGAACCCUAACUGGCUUACUUCGUCAACCCUCUCUCAAAUUGAUAUUGCUUACGCAACAUCAAUUUGUUAAUCAAAUAACAGUGAUGACUCGAGCCAACUGCCUUGGUCAACAAAUCUGCAGUUUGAUCUUUUCGUGACAAACAGCUAAGAUGAAUGACUCCCUCUGUAACGAGCCGCGGAAUGUCAUGUACGUGAGUCUCGAUAUGCUUUGUCCUGUCAUGCAGUAAUGGGUUGGUUGCCAAUCCGAUGACACUCGUAUUAUCACCAUAAAGCUUCAUAGGCAUUAAACAAGUAACACCUAGAUCCCUAAGGAGUCGUUGUAGCCAUACUAGUUCUGAUAUAUUCAGCUUCGGUUGAGUAUUUUGAUACUCGGUCUUGUUUCUUGCUGCGCCAUGAGAUAAAAGAUUGUCCAAACUUUACGCACUAACUCGAUGUCGACAUCUUGGUGUCAACACAGCCGACAAUUUCAACGUCGACAAAUGCUUCCAUUUUUAGCUCGCCUUGCUUCAGAAAGAAGAGUCUAACGUCUUGUGUACCUAGUAAGUAUCUUAAGAUCCUAUGAACUGCAUCAAGAUGCACAGUCUUGGCUAUCCCUAUGUGCUGGCCAACCACGUGUACGACGUAGUCUAUUUCUGGUUGUGCAUAGCUCAAGUACCAAAGACUAACCACGACAGUAUGAUAAUUGGUCUAGUCAUCUAGUAAAAUAUCACUUGAUUUGCUUAUCUUCAGGUUUUGCUUCACCGGUGUUGCACAAGGUUUGCAACCAUCAAAAAUGUUCUUCAGUCAACAAAUCACGAACAUACUUCUUUUGCCCAACAAAAAUGCCAUGUACAGUACGCUCGAUCUCCAUCCCAAGGAAAUAGUAAACAUCUCCAAGUUCUUUCAGUUUAAAGGUUUGAUGCAAGGAUUCAGACAACUCUCUUAUUCCUGCUCGAUUACUACCAGAAAUUAUCAUAUCAUCAACGUACAAUAAAAGUAUUGUAAUACC